AUGGCCGAAAAAGCUGAAUACAACCCUCCUCUCUACGAACCGCCCCAGGGAAUGCAGCCCCAAAUGCAACACCAACACCAGGGCAUGCAGCCCAUCGAACCAGACCACGCAUACAUCCACGAAGCUCCCACUCCCGUCGUGCAACCCGACGCCUCGCCCAUCCCCAUGCAAACCAUGCAAGCCGUUCCCACAAACCCCAACGGUUACCAAUCCGUGACUCCGCUGCAUGCGCUCAACCGCGCCUCGACGCCCGUUGACUGUCCUGUGUGUGGGAAGCGAGAGAUGACGAAGGUCGAGGCGAGAAACGGAAAUACCAACCAUGGAUGGGCUGCGCUGCUUUGCUGCUGCUUCUGUCUAGGAUGUAUCCCCUACUUGAUGUCGUCGUUGAAGGAUGUCGAGCAUCGCUGUGGAAACUGCAAUGCGCACCUCGCGACAUGGCAUAACAGCGGCCAUGUGGAUAUCCACCAGGGCGGGCAGAAGAAAUAA